UUAUUUUAUCUUCUUUUUGAAUAUUGUUUGUGUCCAUUUUUCUGUUGCUUUCCUUUUUGAUGGAAUUCUUGCUUUGCGUAGCUUUCAAGUUUUAAGAUUCUAUUUUUGUACUGUAUGUGAUCAAAGACCCUACUCAUGAACUUGCCUAUUCUGGAUUUUUUUGUUUUUGUUUUUUUCUUUGCAUGCGUUGAAUUUUGUCUGCUUAAUGAUUUGUGAUUCUUGGUAAUGAAAAAGGUUUGUUUUUGUUUCCAUCUAAAGGGCGUUGAUGGAUACUGCCGUUGAAGAAGAUGUUGGAUUCACCAAAGCCCUUGGAAGAGGGCCUAUAUUUUACUAUGGCAUGGGACACAUGCUCAAUGACAUAACUUCCGCUUGUUGGUUCACCUAUCUGUUAUUGUUCUUGACAGAUAUUGGAUUUUCACCGAGGAAUGCAGCUAUUGUGAUGCUUUCAGGUCAAGUGGCGGAUGCAUUUGCCACUAUAUUUGUUGGUGAACUGAUAGACAGAUACGGACGUUUCAAGAUAUGGCAUGGCGCCGGAUCUUUAUUGGUGGCUAUUUCAUUUUCUUCUGUUUUUGGUCGUUGUCUACCAUGCACAAUUCUUACUUCUGAUUCAACUACUUUUGAAACCGUGAGUUACAGCAUGUUUGCUGCAAUUUUCAACUUGGGGUGGGCUGCUACUCAGGUCUCGCACAUGUCCAUGGUGAGUUGCAUAACGCUGAACUCAACAAGCAGAGUUGCAUUGGCUAGCUGUCGCAAUGCUUUUACCAUGGUUGCCAACCUGAGUUUAUAUGCAAUUGCUCUGAUAGUAUUCACUGUUGUCAAUGGAAAAACGUAUGCUAAUGUUGAGAAUCAGUACCGUUGGAUUGCAUAUGUCUCGAUUUUUAUAGGAUGUUGCUUUGUGGGCAUAUUUCAUCUUGCGACAAAAGAACCCAGUUUGCAAAUGGACAUAUACGGAAAGACUCGUGGGAGGAUUUCAUGGGCUUACUGGUUUAAGAGAGUUUUAUAUUACCAAGUUGCUAUUAUUUAUGUCCUCACAAGAUUAGUUCUCAACGUUUCUCAGGCCUACCUUGCUUUCUAUGUGAUCAAUGACCUACAAAUGGCUCAGUCAGCCAAAGCUUUGGUUCCUGCUAUCAUAUACAUCAGCUGUUUCAUUGUAUCUAUCGCAUUACAGGAGAUUGCAUGGACAGGCAAACUUCUCAAGGCUUAUUUCUCUGCUGGAUGCGUUCUUUGGAUUUUGUGUGGCUCAGUGAUCAUGCUUUUAACUAAGCAUAUGAGUUAUGCCAUGUACAUAAUUUCAGUAUUUAUUGGCAUAGCAAAUGCCCUCAUGAUGGUAACUGGUGUAAGCAUGCAAAAUUUUCUAAUUGGAGAGAAUCUUAAUGGCUGUGCUUUUGUUGUUGGAUCAUUAAGCUUUCUGGACAAAUUGUCGUGUGGGAUUGCUUUAUAUAUUCUUCAGUCUUAUCAAAAUGUCUCUCCACAGCUCUUUGUAAUUCAUCAGUUCCCACCUUCAAUCACAAGGCUGGGGCUGGGUCUUGUUCCUGCAGUUUGUGCAUUACUUGGUGUGAUAGUAACUUGCACAAUGGAUUUCCACCAUCCUUCCAACUCUUUGACAGCACCAUUAUUGACAUAGUUGUGUAGAUGAUGAAGAUAAUUACUAUCUCUUCUCCAAUGUAAAUGGUGUGGGUCACACUUGAAAAUUUUCAUCUGUUUUGACUCAUCCAAAGUUUAACCUUUCUGGCAAAGUUAUGUAGAUUUAUUGAAUUGUCGUUGAUUAUUUUACUAACAUGUAGUAAAAUGUAUAUCAUGUAACAGUAUAUUUGAUUGAAAUGAAAGAUACACCAAAAAUUAAAUAAAUAAC